AUGACCGUGACAAGCGAAGACCAUCCACUGGACACUUUUCUGGGUCACAAACUCCUUGAGCAACAUCACAUUCGCGAUGCUGAUGAACAGCUGGUGCGCCGUCCCACGACUGAGGAGAUGGCCCGACUUGAAGAGAUGGCCAUACCGGGAACACCUCAAGACCUGGAAAAAGUCAUCGCACACACCCGAGAGAUUCUCUCAUACCGUAUCGCCCUCGGCCAUACUCGAUUCUUCUCAUGUAUACCCUCUCCCGCCUCUCCAGUUUCUUGGUUUGGAGAGGCCUUGACAAAUGCCUUCAACCCCUUUGCUGGCAAUCUAUCGGCCGGUCCAGGAAUCUGUGCCAUUGAAAGGGCGCUGGUUAAGUGGAUCGCAAAUCAAUUUGCGCUUCCACCUACUGCCGGAGGGCAAUUCGUCUCGGGCGCUUCAAUCGCCAACAUGACUGCCAUGACUGUUGCCCGGGAUCAUAAGCUCGCGGAACACACUCGCUCGCAAGGGGUCGUAUAUAUAUCAGAGCAGGCCCACUUUUGUGUGCGGAAAGCACUCCGCAUCAUUGGAUUUUCAGACAGGCAGAUCCAGAGCAUUCCAGUCGAUUCAAACUUUCGCAUGGACGUUCGCAUACUACAGCAAGCAAUCACCUCAGACCUAGAUGAGGGCCUACGUCCGUUUCUGAUUGUGGCAACGUUUGGAACGACCAAUACGGGUACCAUUGACCCCCUCUUGCCGAUCAUCGACAUUGCAAAGUCGCACAAUUUGUGGUUUCACGUCGAUGCCGCAUACGGAGGCGCUGUGGCCUUCUCCACGAAGCAUCGUUACAAGAUUGAAGGUCUUGGACAGGUAGACAGUAUUGCAUGGGAUGCCCACAAAUGGAUGUUCCAGACGCAUGGGUGCGGGCUCGUCCUCUUUCGCGACGGGACUCAUCCACUCAAAAGCUUCGCCGCUGGGGGCGAGUAUGUCCGAGACGUGAGCGUGGUGCGAGAUCCCUCCAAUUACGGAAUUGAACUUACCCGGCCCGCUCGCCAUAUGAAGCUUUGGUUCACUUUACAAGUGCUGGGAACGGAAGCCAUUGAGAACAUGAUCAACUGGGGAAUUGAGCUUGCCAUGCACGCCGAAGAUAAACUUCGAUCAUUGGAUCACUGGGAAAUUACCUCUCCUGCAAGUUUGGCCAUACUCACUUUCCGCUACGCGCCUCCCCAUUUGGACGAAAUUAUGUUUGACAGGUUGAAUGAGACCAUUUCCAAAGAGAUGAUCGCCCGUAACGUUGCUGUCAUGUUCACGACUAUACUUGACGGCAAAGUAUGUUUGCGAAUGUGCACAAUCAACCCGAAUACCACAAUGAACGAGGUCACAUACGUUAUUCAGGUCGUGGAAGAUGUUGCUGCCAGUUGCCUUCAGCAAAGCGCGCACUGUAGAGACGAUUGCGCAGACAAGCUGUCGACCUGCGGACCAGAAAGACGACAGCUUCCGCUACAUUCUUGA